AUGGAAGAAAAAGAAGCCACUAUUAGCUUUACACCUAAAAAGGCUAUAACUACUAAACACAAUAGGCAUUUUUCUUACACCCCUUCAGUAAGCUGCUCUGUAAAAGUCCCUCAAACACACUAUGACUACAGAACAGUUUCAAAUAACACACCCACAAAUCAGAACUUCUCAGACCGUAAGCAGAAUUCACUGUUACAGAAUUUACAGAAGCAAGUGAACGAAAAGCUUUCCAAUGCAAAUGCAAGGAAUCAUUCGUCUGAACCACCAACAGAUGACUCAAGCCAAGAGCACAUCAAUGUCUCUACACAAUGUGAUGACUCAAUCACAAAUUCUAAUGCCUGCUUUAUAUUUUAUAUAAAAAUAAAAUAAAAUAAAAAGAUUUUCUGAUUAUUUUUCUUUUUUAUAUAAAAAUAAGUUUUAAUUACUAGAAAUUUUAACUUAUUUUUAUUUAUGAAGGAUAACCAGAGUAAAGCUGCAAUUAUAUAAAACUAACACAAAUAUCUCCAAAUCCUCCACAAAAUCAAGCGAAAAAAAGCUUCCUACAAUGAAAUGUAACCUCCCAAAAAGUCCUAUAGAAAACCCGAAACCAAAAGAAAAGAGGUCAAAAUACAUAAAACCAAGGGUCGUGGUAGAACUUCGGCAUUUAGAAGCUAUGGUUGAUGCAAAAAUUUCUCAAGGACAAAAACUGUUUAUAGGUGAUAGAUUACCGCCUAUAAGAAUUCCAGAAGAAAAAACAAGCACAGAAUUUUCCAAUGAAAAUGCAUAUAAGCAUCAACGAAAUAUAUCGACAAGGGAAAGUGUAAAUAAAUCAAAAUCCGUCACUCCUAGUAAGGAAAGCAGAAGAUGCCAAAACCCUAUUAAGCCUGCAAGGUUUCUUUCUGUUGAAGAAAUAGAAAGUCAGAUCGGGAAUAAUAAAGAGUUUUCUUUUAAACCACACAGAAAUAUCAGCCUUGAUAUGAAAUUAUUAAGAGAAACUGAUGAAAUAAUCACACAGAAAAAACUUGAGAUGGACAAAAUUGCAAGAAUUUAUGAAGCCACCUUGAAAAAAUCAAGCAUCUUGAAAAAUGCGAAGAAUUUUGAGGAUACUUGGAACUGGAGCUCCCCUGAAUCGAGCCCAACUCCAGCUAAAGCUGUAAGUUUCGAGCAAAAAGCGGAGUCUCAAGACUAUUUAUAA